UGUUGGUAUUUGUCUGUUAGGGAAGUUUGAGAAAAUGGAAAAGUGAGAGAGGGUAGAUUUUGUUUGUCUGUGAGACAGUGGCAUAGCAGAGCAGAGGUGUGUGUUUUGGCGGUUUUCUAUUUCAUGUAAGGACUAAGGUCCCUCCCUCCUUUGAAUUUAGGGUAGAAACAAAGCAAGACAGAGAGAGAGAGCGAUGGAAGAGGAAGGAAUAGGGCUGGUCUUGGCGAGAGCCACAGAACUUCGAUUCAAAAUCACCAAUUGCAUCCACAGGGCCACCGCCAAUGCUCCCUCUCCGCACGCCGACGACGACGACGAUGACGCCACUCAACGCCUUCUCAACAUUUGCGAUGCCCUUGAAGCCUUGGAGACCCAGCUUUCUUCCUUGCAGGUUCUGCAGCAGCAACAGCGGUAUGAAAGAGAAAUUGCCUUGGCUGAGAUUGAAAGCAGUCGCAAAAUGUUAAUUGACAAGCUCAAGGAGUACAAAGGUAGGGAAUUGGAAGUUAUACACGAAGCUUCCACUUUUGCAAGUGAAACGGUGGAGCCCAACAAUGAUCUACUACUUCCUCCAUAUCCUAGCCGCCCUCCAUACUCUGUGUCUAUGGACAAGGCCUAUCUCUCGCAGAUCCCUUCCGUGAAUAAGUCUGGUCGCAAUGGGUUAUUCACACUUGAUCCAAUGAUUGAGGCGGACAAGAGUCUCAACGAAAAAGAGCAAAAUCACGAUGAAAAUGAAGCGAAAAAUUCAAGAAAAGGAUUGGGAUUUUUUAUAACUUCUGCUGCCAAAACAAUGCUCACAGUAGUUGGCGUGGUAUCAAUAUUAAGUUUGUCUGGUUUUGGACCUAAUUUUGGCAAGUUAGGCACUCGUUUCAGUGUGCAAGCCUGGCGUCACAGAGUAGGACAUGAAGAGAGAUCCACAACUAAAAAUGGGGGUGAGAGACCAAAUAUUCAGUGUCCACCAGGGAGAGUUCUAGUGAUGGAAAAUGGGGAAGCUCGAUGCCUAGUGAAAGAGAGAGUUGAAAUUCCAUUUUCAUCUGUUGCUGCAACACCUGAUAUAAACUAUGGAUGUGGUUGACAAUACCAUUCCUUAUCCGUAUUGUAUAUCAUUUCACACACUUUUUUUUAUAGUUUUUUUACUUGGUUCUACUUUUUGUCAAUAUGCUAUUUAAAAUAUUGUAUUCAGUGGCUGAUUGUCUUGAUUUUUGGUGGUUGAGAUGCAGAUGACCCUUUAUUUUGAAAA